GGUUGCGUAAGAAAAACUUCCUCGUUUCCCACAUAUGUAAGCGUGACUUCUGUCUCCUUGCUGACCUGAGCAGAACGACUGAGCCACAUUAGCCUCUAAAGAUGUUAAUUUUAUCAAACAGGAUAAAGUUAUGUUCUCUGGCGUUUACCGCGGCACGUUUGUGCAGCAGCGGCCCUGCUGCUGCUAACAACAACCCGGUGGUUUUCUUUGACAUUGCUGCAGACAACGAGCCUCUGGGCAGAGUAACAUUUGAGCUCAACGCCGAAGUUGUGCCAAAAACCGCAGAAAACUUCAGGGCCCUGUGCACAGGGGAACAUGGUUUCGGUUACAAGGGAUCAAUUUUCCACAGAGUGAUCCCUCAGUUCAUGUGCCAGGGUGGCGAUUUCACAAACCACAAUGGAACUGGAGGGAAGUCAAUCUAUGGAUGGAAGUUUCCUGAUGAGAACUUCAAACUGAAUCAUACUGGACCUGGAAUCUUGUCUAUGGCCAAUGCUGGACCCAACACCAACGGAUCCCAGUUCUUCAUCUGCACCUCUAAAACAGAGUGGCUGGAUGGCAGGCAUGUUGUCUUUGGCAGCGUGAAGGAGGGAUUGGACGUGGUCAAGAAAGUGGAGUCUUUCGGUUCACGGUCUGGGCGAACCUCCAAGAGGAUCACUAUCACAGACUGUGGAGAGCUCAAGUAGACUCCAUAUGAGCAGUGGACACGGUCCUAGUCUCAUCUCCUGCUGUAAUUUCAAUGUGAGAGUCUGAGUGAAAGAGACUCUGUCUUCAGUCAUGACACAGAGUGCUACCUCUCUGCUGGCAAUAGAUAAUAUCAGAAUCAGGAUGUUGUGGGUUUUUUUUUUUUUUUUUGGUUUGUACUUAAAUUCUGCAACAACUAACGCACUUAACUGUGUUGUGCUAUAAAAUGUGAAGAGUGUGUGUUGAACUUGAAAGCGAUCAUUAACAUUUUUGGGGAAAGGGGCAUUUAUUUGCAAUAAAUAAAAGUCAUUUUUUUUCUAAA